UAUAGGGGAGGGCGACAGCCCAGAGCCCUGACCCCACCAGCAUGCGCGGAGCUGUGGCUGCCCUGUCCCUGGGCUGGGCGCUGGCCCUGGGGCUCGGCCCCACCCUCCCUGGCAAACCGGGGGAGGCCAGACCACGGUUCCACCAUGGGGCUGAGACCCAGCUCAACGACACAGAGGCGGCGAGCCGGUGUGCGGACGAGGGGGGCUUUGAUGCCGUCACACUGGACGAGCACGGCGUGAUGCUCUUCUUCAGAGGUGCCCACGUCUGGAAGGGCUUCCACGGCCCGGCCCAGCUCAUCAACGCCACCUGGCCUGAGAUCCAGGGCCCCGUGGACGCUGCGCUGCGCAUCCACCACAAGGCGUCCCCCGGGGUGCACGACAGCGUCUACCUCUUCCAGGGCGAGCGGGUCUGGGCGUAUGCGGGGGGCCGGCUGCGGCCCGGCUACCCCCGGCUCAUCGGGGAGGAGUUCAAGGGGGUGCCUGGGGACCUGGACAGUGCCGUGGAGUGUCACCCCGAGGACUGCACGGCCGAGAGCCUCCUCUUCUUCAAGGGGGGGGACGUGUUCUCCUAUGACCUGGGCCUGGGGGUGCUGAAGCGCCGGUCGUGGCCCGGGGUCACCCACUGCUCGGCAGCCGUGCGCUGGCUCGAGCGCUAUUACUGCUUCCAGCGCGUCCGCUUCCUGCGCUUCCAGCCGGCCACGGGCCAGGUGCCGCCCGGCUACCCCCGCGACGUCCGCGACUACUUCCUGCGCUUCCCUGGGAGAGGGCACGGGCACGAGGCACGCAGAAACGCCACUGCCAUGGGCAUCCGGGACCCCUGCAGCGGCCUCGCCUUCCAGGCCUUCACCGCGGACGACGUCAACCGCACCUACGCCUUCCGGGGGGGGCAGUACUUCCGCCUCGACUCCAAGCGGGACGGCUGGCACUCGUGGCCGCUGAACCACACCUGGCAGGAGCUGAGCGGGCAGGUGGACAGCGCCUUCAGCUGGGACAACAAGCUCUACCUGAUCCAGGGCUCCCAGGUCUACAUCUACCGGGUGGGUCCGGGCUACACGCUGGUGCAGGGCUACCCCCGGGGCCUGCAGGAGGAACUGGGCAUCGCGGGCGCUGACGCCACCUUCACCUGCCCCCACUCCGCUGAGCUCUUCGUCAUCAACGGAAACUCCCUGGAGCGGGUGGAUCUGAACCAGAGUCCGCGGAGCCCGAGGCUGGAGGGGCCCAUCCGCCACGAGCACGUGGACAGUGCCAUGUGCAACGCGGACGGGGUGCACCUCUUCCACGGAAACACCGUGCACCACUACGCCAGCGUGGCCGAGCUCACAAUGAGCCCCAAGCCCUCCCCCCCGCAGAACGUGACUGCCGUCCUCUUCGGGUGCCCCCACUGACAGGACAACCCUGCCUGACCCCCAGCCACCACGCUCCCUGAACCCCCCAUGGCACCCUUUACCGUGCCCCUCCCUUCCCCGUCCACUGCACCCCACUCCCAGGGGUGUCCUUGGUCAGUAGGGACCUGGGCUUCAGAGCUCCCCUCCCACCCAGGGAAGAAGGCACCUGGCUUGUUCUGCCAGCUGAGCUCUUGCUCUGGCUGGCCACUAUGCCAGGCACAGUUCCUUGCCACCGGGCCGCCCCCCACCCCCACCCCCCACCAGCUUGGCACUUUCAUCAGCCACCCAUGAGUCACUUUCUGCUGCCACCUGCCUCUGCCGUGACUGCUGCCGGUCAGUCUCCCCAUGAUUGUCGGCUCUCAGGAGGCCGGGCACAAACACUCUCCCACCACCACUGGCUUCACUCUCAUUGAGCAUUUGACAUAACAACGUGGCUCCUAAUAAAGCAGCUUUCUCUCUCUUGGAACAGCGGGAGGAACAGAUUAAAGCAGCCCAGGGACCUAGACCCUCUGUCCCUACCCCCUGACUGCCACAGGGCUCCGGCAUUCGAGUCCCUGGCUCAACGAGGGCCUUUCAGCAGAGGGUGAGCCCUCGUCUGGGACAGGCUAAGCACAGUUCUGCUCAUACAACAAAGACCACACCCUUGAGAACAGCACUUCACACUCCUGCAUUCAGCACUGCAGUGAUUUGUAACCCAACACCAGCCAAAGCCCUGGACUGGGUUCCCUAGGGAGGGGUGGAAUCGCCUUCCUUAGAGGGUUUUAAGGCCCCGCUUGACAGAGCCCUGGCUGGGUGAGUUAGAGCAACGCAGCUCUAGCUGCUGGAGCCCUACGCAGAGUAGGUGUGUUCACGGAAAUACAGCUUGCUCCUGACGUUUCGCCGCCUCCCAGCUCGCUGCCGGGGGAGAGUUCAUUCAGGCCCUGCUUACAGGUGUGUGUGCAUGCACAUUUGUGCGUGUGUGUCUUUGUGUGUGUCUGUGCGGUUGCAUGUGCAUGCAUGUUUGUG